AAGAACAGGACUGUCCCUUUAAAAACGGGACGGACGGUCACUCUACCUCCAAAGAGCCUAAUUCUUCUUUCCCUUACUGUGGGGUCAAUCAGGAGUGACUCCACUGGGUCACUGAAGUUACUUUGGUUUAAAAGGGGGGGAAUAUGGGACCAGAUUCCAGCUCCCCCUGCCCAGCUCCCCUCUCCUCCAGACCUGCUCCAGGUUUCUGGCUCUCUUUUUCGGCUCUUCCUUCCUUCUCUCUUUCUCUCUCCGUCCCCAGCAGCCAGCUCCAGCGUCUGACCUAGCGGGUUUGCUCACCCCUCCCCGGCCGUGACGGGGGGGAGCGGUGACCACAGAGAGAGCAGGCUGGUGAUGACAUGCUUGGCAGGAGGCAUCCAUUGGGUUAGAACCGUGAUGUCAUAAUGCUGGUGGCUGACAUCAGGGAAGGAGGUGCAGCUCCGAGGCACCAUGCUGGAGCUGAGAUGGCUGCUUAUCUGGGGUCCCGCCUGUGGAGGCACCACACCAUGCACAAGGAGAAGGAAGCCAAGAAAGUAGAGCUGAAGAUCAACUGCAGAGACAUCAUAUGCGUCCAGGAUAACUGGGAUGUGGAGGAGUUUGUCUCAAAGGUGUGCAUGGGCAGGUUUCUCAAUCAUCCCGCCUUUAAAAUCAUGCUCGCCGCGCUCGUCAUCAGCAACGCGCUCACCAUCGCUAGCCGGACGGAGGCGAAGGUCGAAGAGAAAUACUAUGGGUUGUUCUCUGCCAUAGAUAACAUUGUCCUGACUGUCCUCACCUGUGAAGUGCUUCUCAACUGGUACUAUGGAUUCCAGUUGUACUGGAAGGAUGGCUGGAAUGUCAUAAAUUUUUUUAUCGUGGCAUAUCUCUGUGUGGGGCCUUUCAUCCCUGUGCUGAACAACCAAAAGGUUUUCUGGGUCCUCAGGGUGAUGAGGCUGAUGCAUGUCUGCACGCUGGUCAAGGGGCUGGCCAGGAUCAUCCGGGUGAUCCUACAGUCCAUCCCAGACAUGACCAACAUCAUGGUCCUGCUCUUUGUCAUCAUGCUGGUCUUCUCAGUGUUCGGAGUGACUCUCUUUGGAAAUCUGGUCCCGAUGCACUUUGGAAAUCUAGGGGUGGCUUUGUAUUCGCUCUUCAUCUGCCUCACACAGGACGGAUGGAUGAACAUAUACAAGACCUUUGCGGAAGAGGGGAUCGCCCUGAAAAUAGGGGGUGCCCUUUACUUUUUCAUCUUCAUCACGGGCGGGGCCUUUAUCUGCACCAACCUGCUGGUGGCCGUGGUGACGUCAAACCUCGAGCAGACAAUGCUUGCCUACGCCGAGGAGAAGAAGAAAAGAGACGAGCUCCUCUACCCUGACAAGUAUGUGGACCAGGAGUUCAAUGUUGGGGAUGGCGACUCAUCUCCGGAGCUGAACCUAGUGCAUUUGAAAGCAGUGAUGCAGGAUACCCCCAUGACACAUUGCCAGAUGCCGCUGAUCUACGGCAACCUGGGCAACCUGACUGAAGCUACCUGUGAUGAUUUCUGUCUCAUCUUGGAAGGGAUCCAAGAGAACCUGAAACGAUACAAAGAGAUCCGGGAUGAGCUUAGCACAAUAGUCAAGGAGGUAAGGUCCAUUGCAUUCAAUAAAGAACAGGAGGAGGAGAGGGUGCUGAGAAACAUCCAGAACACCAACAUCUCCGAUGGCCUGCUUUGCAACGAGGUGGCUGCUGGGAGGUCUGGAGAUAUCCUGUCCACGCUGAUGACUCUGGAGAAGGCAAACAUGAUUGACCCAGAGGAUGUCAUGGCAUCAGGGUACCACAGGGGGGCAGUGAAGAUGGCCUUCCUGAAAGCCCGGCGCCAUUCUCUUCUCAGUCAGUCAGUCCCUCCUUAGCCGUGCUGGAGUGGGACCAUGGAGCUGUGAGUGGGAAUCGCCCCCUGGACCGUGCAACCGAGGAGCUGUUAGUGGAGCUGCGGCGUAAAUGCUUCCUUUGUAACAAGGGGGGAUUUAAUUGCUUUGCUGAGGAGACGCUUCUGUCUUUGGGAUGCUGAGGAGCGAGUGUGGACAAGCGGUCGGCGCUCCACGGAGCACACACCAUGAAAUACCAGCUUCUAGGUGGACAAAGCCAGACUUGGAGGAGUGACAGGAGAUUGGAUUAAUGCCAGGUCUGUCAUGUUUGCUGAGUCCAUUUGGAUGACUCUGAUCUGGCCUGGAGUGUCUCUUGGAUGGAGACUAUGUCCAGAGUAUUCAUUGUCUGGUGCUUCCAAAGCACAAAGCAAAGAACAUCAGUGAGAGAAGAGUUGCUGCAGAGCCCGCACCUGUGGUCAGAGCAUCGGCUCCCACCCUCUUUCCCAGAGCACCUGGGCAUAUGUCUGUGUAAGUCUCGGGGGAAUUCACCUUUUGGUACCUUUGUAUAGGUGAGAACAGAGCCCUCCAGGUGGUAAGAGCAGGGAUGCAGGAUGAAGCAUUGGGUGUUCAUACUUGUGCCUGUAAAAGGGGGCUUCUCUUGCAGCAUCAGGAGCGGACACAAUGUCUAAAUCUGGGAAAUGUGUGAUGGAGCAGAAUAUGUAUCCAUCCCAUUGUCCUGGCUGAUGUCUCCUUGAGACUCUAUCAACAGGCAGCUACAGGGAAGUCCAGGGCUAGUUUGCACAGGCCCUGCCCUGUGCAGUGAGUGGAAAAGGGCUGAUGAAAUUAUUUUCCACUUUUAAUACCCAUUAUCAAGUUCUGGACCAUGUUCUCUGCCUUGGCUGCUCGCUAUGGUGAAUGACACAACCCAGUGAGGUGCUGACAUGUCUCUUGGAUGGGAUUGUUUGACUUUCCAAAGCCAGGAGGUGCUCCGUCUCACAUCUGCAUUUCCCACCCAGUGCUCUGCAAACUCCAGGUGCAGAAGGAGAUUGCUCUGCUUCAGCUGUGUCUGCCCCCAUGUUCGCUGGACUGGAUGCACUAUAGCACUCAUGUAGCCAUGCAUUAAAAUGAGCAGUGUAUGGGGAAAGUAGCUGGUGCCAGCAUAUUUGAGACUAAUACUUGUCAAGAAAUGCAUGGCUUGGGUUGAUCAACUGUGAUGCUUGUGCUGGUCUUGGAUGAAUGAUCAUAAUAAAGAGCAUUGAGCUGUGUUUCUGUGGCCGUUAUAUUCCCAUUUCACCUUGUUCAGUGUUUUGAGUCUAAAGGAUGUCUACCCUGUGCCUGCAGUGUGUGUGUGACAUUCUAUACCUUGGGGGAGCAUCCUGUAACCCCCAUAUUCCUCAUUUUUAUAUAACUAUGAUCUUACGUAUAAAGCAGGCCAUGUGAGGUAUCAGUGUAAAAGCUUUGAUCUGCUGAAAAUCAUUUCUCUAUCCAUAUAUGUGUAUCAUUAAUGCAUAUGAAGUUAUGAGAAUUGUGUUGAAUGGUUUUCACUAAAACAUGCUCUAAGGGUAAGCAGUCAGAUAUUGGCUCCCCAGAGGCAACGGCAAGGGAAGUAAGCAACACUCGGGCAGGGUGACAAACAAACCAUCAACAACCAUUGUCCACCAAGGGAGCUACAAUUCAAUGACCCACCUGCAUGAGGCCACACCAGGGGAACUGCUCAGCCUUGCCUGGAGACUUAGUAAUGUCGCCCAGACAUGCCUGGACUUGUGCUCCCCAAGCACAUGGGACUGAGGCUAUAAAACAGAACACAGUGGCCACAUGCUGGUCCUUUCUCCUUCACCCACCUAUGCUGCAAGCAACAAGGACACUGAACAAGACUUGGGACUCUAACAGAGGAGACUGGCUCAGAUUUAAGGGACAAAUCUGUAUAGUAAGCACUGCAGUAUCCAAUGGGGUGAGAAAAACUGUUUAAUCUACACGUUGCCCAGUCUGAUAGGGUUCAGAGUUUAGACUGCAUGCUUAUAUUUUCUUUUCUUUUGGUAAUUAACUCUGACUUUUUGCCUAACAGUUAUAGUCACUUAAAAUCUAUCUUUUGUAGUCAAUAAAUUUGUUUAACUGUUUAUCUUUACCAGUCAGUUUGUAUGAAGUGUGGGGCAAAUCUUCUCAGGUUUUGCAAAGACUGGUGUAUAUCCACUUUCCAUUGAUGAAGUGGUGAACCAAUUAAUAGAUCUGCAUUGCUCACCUUGAGUAGUGCAAGGUGGUAUAUUACUAGGGUACAGUGCUGGGACCUGGGGGGAUUUGGCUCUGGUGCCUUUCUCUGUGUGAUUCAUGAAUGGCUCUGGGAGCAUUCAGUGUAAUCCAGCUGGGUGUGGGGCUCCACAUGCUGUGGUGCUGAGUGAUCACAGCACCUGGAGGG